AUGUCGACUGGAAAUGCCCCUCAGUUCUACCCUAAUACGCUGAGUCCUGUUGUGAUCAGCAAAGGCUCCUUGGAAGAUACACUGAAGCAGCUCCAAGAGGCUGUAAAGCAUGGGGCUAUGCUUCUACAGAAAAACUGUUCCCCGCUCAAAGAUUGGGGAAAAUCCCAUAAUACUGGUUUCUAUGCUGGUUUUCCAGGCAUCGUUCUGACCUUCUUGCGCCUAGACCACCAAGUCAAAUCACUUGGGGCUGGCUGUCAGGACUUUCAUCAACUUGCCAUUGAGCGUAUAUUGCCAGAAGGCCCGGAUGUGCCACUCCAGCAUCAGAGAGUGUCUCCGUUCGGCUCUUCCAGCGCCUUGGCUGGUCCGAUACUGCGCAUCCUUGCCUCAAGGGACUUGAAGACAACAGUUCCUAGUGACGAUACGGCAUGCAUCCAAGAGGCGAUGCGAAUCUCUUUGACUAAUGGCCGCAUGGUAUCACAUGGUGGUUCGCUCAUGGGAUCAGAUGAAGUUCUAUUUGGCCGAGCCGGCUUGCUGUGGGCGUUGCUUAACCUUCGGCUGCGUAAUUAUGAGGAUGAGACAGCGCAGGCCUUGACACUGGUUUUCAAAGAGAUACCUCGGCUAGUCGACCGUAUCAUUGCGAGUGGAAUCGACGGUAGAGAAGACUUCAUCUCCAAGCAUGGAGAGCAAUAUGCAUUGCCAUUGAUGUGGCAUUGGAAGGAAGAACGGUACACUGGCAUACUUUCUAGCCUCCUUGCCUGCAAGCCAGAGGAACUCAGCAACGGUGCAGAACGCAACUAUUGGCCACUAAUAGCUGGAACAAUUACAGGUCUUUGCAAAAUAUGUAUUGCCAAUGGUGGCCACCUGCCUACGAGUCUUCCUUUUCAUGGCUCCUCGCGUCGCUCUAGCCCUCUUGUUCAAAUAUGUCACGGCAGCCCCGGCUUCCUGAAUCUCAUGGCUUGCGCCAGAAGAAAUCGUUCCUUGGUUUCUACUUCCUGGCAGCCGGAGUGGGAUAAGGCCAUUUCUGUGGCGUGUGAUCGGGUCUGGGAGGAAGGAAUCCUGUACAAGGGUGGCGGAUUAUGCCAUGGGAUUGCAGGAAAUGCAUGGUCGUUGCUUCUCCUUCAUGACAGUUUUCAGUAUGAUGAGGAUUUCAUGGAGACAACCAGGCGUAACUACGUCGCGCGAACAGGAGAUUUUGAUGCAACAUCCAAUGCAAGCGAGCUAACAGGCGACUACUUUCUUGCAAGAGCACUCGCAUUACUAUUAGAGGCGCAAAAAACGCCCCCUUACAAUGAUUCGAAACGAGACUCGUCCUUGUACCGCAUGCCCGAUCGCCCGUGUUCCCUCGCAGAAGGCCUCGCUGGCACUGUUUGUGCAUGGGCAAACGCUUGUGUAAUCCUCCAGUCAAGGUUACGGAGCAUGCACAUACAGAAAGACUUUUCCUCCCACGAUAUGGACGCUGUGUUUCAGGAGUACGAAUCGCAGAAGCUGGAAAUCCCAGUUCUUGCUUACCACAAGCCUACUGGGCUACUAUGA